GUUUUGUUUAUUGCUUUCCAUUAUUUCUAUUUUUUUUUUUUUUAUUUAGUCCCAAAUAAAUCUAAAUAGUUAUAAAUGGCAGGGAAGAAGAAAGAGGCGACCCUACAGGCAUCUGUUACAAGCCAAGAACAAUGGGAGGAGAUGCUUACUAUAAAAGGUUUAACAGUUGUGGAUGUUUACCAGCAGUGGUGCGGUCCCUGUCAAGCUGUGGUCAGUCUCCUGAAAAAAAUAAAGAAUGAAUUGAGUGAUGAUCUUCUUCAUUUUGCCACCGCUGAAGCUGACAGUAUUGAUGCCCUGGAGAAGUACAGAGGAAAAUGUGAACCCACCUUCCUUUUCAUUGGAGGCGGGGAGCUGGUGGCUGUGCUGCGAGGUGCCAAUGCUCCGAUGCUCCAGAAGAUGAUAGUGGAGGAGCUAGCUAAAGAAAAGCUGAUCCUAGAACAAGGCAGGGAGCGCAAAGUGGUGAAAGAUGAGGGUUUGCUGGAUGAAGAGGAGAAAGAGGAGAAGCCUCAGCAGCAAGAAAAUGAAGAAAGUAUAAUUGUUCCUGCCAGUAAAUCCUACACAGUUGCCAUCAUUAAGCCUGACGCAGUUGCUCAUGGCAAGGCAAAUGAGAUCAUUAUGAAGAUCCAAGAUGCUGGGUUUGAGAUCUUUGCACACGAGGAACGAACUCUGUCUGAGGCUGAGGCUCGAGAUUUUUACCAACACAAAGCAGCAGAGCCUUACUUUGAGGACUUGGUGCAGUUUAUGUCCAGUGGUCCCUCGCAUAUUCUGGUGCUUUCUCAAAUAGAGGGGACAACCAAUAUCAUCCCUGCAUGGCGUGAGUUCAUUGGCCCGGCAGAUAUAGAGGAGGCCAGGAGAGAAAAGCCAGAAAGCUUGCGGGCGCAAUACGGCACAGAGACGCUGUUCAACGCAGUACAUGGCAGCGAGGACAGCGACCAGGCCAGCAGGGAGCUCGCCUUCUUUUUCCCCAACUUUAGGACGGCCUCCGAAGCAGAGCAGGAUGGGGAGGAAGAGCAUGUGGAGAGGACGCUGGCUCUUAUCCGGCCUGACGUUGCCAGGGAGAACAGAGAUGAGAUCUUGGCUCAGAUUCACAAGGCAGGCUUCACAGUUGCCCUCCAAAAGGAGGUGAUGCUGACAGAGGAGCAGGUCAGACAGUUUUACUUCCAGCAUGUUGAUAGAGACUACUUUCCUGCCCUUCUACAAAACAUGACGAGCGGACCGGUUCUUGCUUUAGCUUUGGCCAGAGAAGGGGCUGUCCAUCACUGGAAGAACAUCCUCGGCCCUCCUGACCUUCACAAAGCCAAAGAGGAGGAUCCUGAGUGUCUAAGGGCCCAGUUUGCAGUGGAGAACGCGCCCAUAAACCAGCUUCAUGGCAGUGCAAACCCUGAGGAAGCAGAAAGAGAGCUCAGCUUCUUCUUUCCUAAACAAAGGACGCUGGCAGUCAUCAAACCCGAUGCUCUGGAGGAGCACAGAGAUACGAUUUUGGAAGAGAUCCGUGGAAGAGGCUUCACCGUAGAGCAGCUGAAGGAGACUGUGCUGUCAAGGGAAAUGGCUGAGGAGUUUUACAAAGAGCACAGGGAGAAGCCUUUCUUCAUCCAGCUGGUGGAUUUUAUGUGUCGUGGGCCCUGCAUGAUGCUCAUUUUGACUAAGGAGAACGCAGUGGAGGAGUGGAGGGCCAUGAUGGGCCCCAGCGAUCCCGACAAAGCUAAGGAAAUAUCCCCGCAGUCUCUGAGGGCGCGCUUUGCUGCUGAUAUCCUCCACAACUCAGUGCAUGGGUCCUCCAACGAGCAGCACGCAGAGGAGAAGAUCCAGUUCAUCUUUGGUGAUAUCAGCACAGAUGCAGCUUCUGUCUCAGAGAAACUAGCAGAACCAUCUUAGGU